AUGCAGUUUAAUAUUGCAGUUAGCCGAGGAAAACCUCGAAACAAUGAGGGAAAAAUUUUCCAGCACACUGACGAACAAAAAAAACAAGCCGUUUGGCAGUCAGUAAGCGAUAGGGUCAAUGCUCUAGGCGUGGCAAAGCGUUCAACAACGGACGUGAAAGACAAAUGGCGAGCUAUGUGUGGUGCAGCAAGAAAAGAAAUGAGCCGGGAAAGAAGCUCCAUUGGGAAAACAGGGGGAGGAAAGCCACUGCCGCCGCCGAAAGCCACCUCGCAGAGAAUAAUAAAGUUAUUUGGAGAUGAACCGGGGUUUUCAGGUAUACAAGGUGGCAUGGAGUCAGGUGAGUGUCAAAUUGCUCAUGCGCAACAAAAAUUGUUGUUCAAAGUGGCGAAGUUUUAUUCAAUUUUGUCGGUGAACAUUGCAUUAUUUUUAUUUGCCUUUGGUGUACACUUUGCACAAGAAUUGAUAGUUUAGUUUUUGAAAAAGUAUCAAUGCUGCUAUGAUCUUAUCUGAGAUAAGUACAAUUUAAAUUCAAUAUGUUAUUAGUUAUUUUGCACGAAAGAAAUAUAUAUUCUGAUAAAAUUUGGAAAGUUUUUACAAUAUUAAUAUAAAUUUAAAACAAGUUUAUAUGUAGUAAGCCACUGUUAUAAUUUAGUUUUUUUAUUAGUUUAGAUAUGGCAGAAUUUCGAUAUGAUAAAAUGACAUAUGUGUACGUGUAUUUUUGAUAUCUAAUCAUUCAAUGGGAUUUUGGUGUAGUCCAUGUUUUAAGGAACUGGUUUUGCAUCUGACACAGAUUUGUUCCCAGCAGGGCCAAUACCAGCAAUGGAAAUGUUUAUGCCAGAGCCAGACUUGGAGGACAGUUUGCUGGAACCAGAUGAAACCACAGAGAAUGAUGAAGUAACAAUACAGGUAACAAUGCCAGAGCCUACAGUGACACCUAAUAGUUCUGCCAAGUCAAAGGAUGCCUCUUCCAGUUCAAAAAAGCGAAAAAUCACCCAGCAAGAUGUCCAAAUAUCCAAUCUAUGCAAAUAG